AUGGAUAACCACUUGGGCCCACCGACUUAUAACUACUUUACCAAAGAAAAGCCACAAACAACAAAUCAGCAGUAUGGCUUUUUCUAUCGAGAAGAGCAAUUUGGUGACGUUGAUACCCUUCAAAACAAGGCUGCUUGUAAUGAAAUGGUGACGUCUUCGCAUUCACUUAAGCACCACCCGAAAUUUCGAUCAUCAAAACUCAGACCACCAUUACCUAGAAAGAUAACAUACCAUACUGCAUCACUAUUAGCAAAGCACAAAAAGGAAUGUGAAGUUGGUGGCGGAAGAAAGUACCCAGAUACGCGUUUAACUCGAGUCAAAGGUAUUCAACUAUGGCAUGCCCAUACAGGAUCAUUAGUUCACGUUGAACCUUAA